AUAUUCAUUACUUCAUUUUUCCAUGGGGUUUGAGGACUACUGCUGCCUGUCAUGCAAUCAAUAAUGGGAAACUGCUUCGGACAAUCUGCCAAGUGUGCUCAUGUUUCUUCGAAUUUUUCUGGAAGUACUACAGAGCGUCAUUCCAAGGCAAAACUUCAGGAUUCCACCGCUUCAAGCUAUGAGAAAACAGUACCUUUGGGAAAUUCGAAAACAAAAUCUUGUAUAAACUGCAAGGCCGAUGCAUCUAUCAGCGACAAACUCAAGUCCUUUAGCUUCAUUGAUCUGAAGAAUGCAACCAAGAAUUUCCCCCCAGAAAGUUUACUUGGAGAAGGAGGGUUCGGGUGCGUAUUCAAAGGAUGGAUUGAUGAGAACACUUUGGCUCCCACAAAACCGGGAACUGGGUUGGCAGUGGCAAUAAAGAGACUCAAGCCAGAGAGCUUUCAAGGCCACAAGGAAUGGCUUGCAGAAGUGAAUUAUCUAGAACAACAUCACCAUGAAAAUCUUGUGAAACUCAUUGGUUACUGCUCAGAGUCUGAGAAAAAACUCCUCGUAUACGAAUUUAUGCCUAAAGGAAGCUUGGAGAAUCAUUUAUUCAGAAAAGGUGUUCAACCGAUUUCUUGGCCUACGCGGAUGAAAAUUGCAAUUGGUGUUGCACGAGGAUUAACCUUCUUGCAUAGUUUAGAUGCCAAUGUAAUCUACCGCGACUUGAAGGCUUCUAAUAUUCUACUCGACUCGGAUUUCAAUGCAAAGCUUUCAGAUUUUGGCUUAGCAAGGGAUGGACCUACUGGAGAUAAUACACAUGUUUCGACCAGAGUUGUGGGAACUCAGGGAUAUGCUGCCCCAGAAUAUGUAGCAACAGGUCACUUAACACCAAAGAGUGAUGUAUACAGCUUCGGCGUCCUAUUAUUAGAGUUACUAUCAGGAAAACGGGCAAUGAAUGAUGAUAGAGCUGGGUUUGUGGAUGAAACCCUGGUGGAUUGGGCGAAACCAUUUUUGAGUGACAGCAGACGAGUCUUGAGGAUUAUGGAUACAAGGUUAGGGGGUCAAUACUCCAAGAAAGGAGCCCAAGCUGCCGCUGCACUUGCUUUGCAAUGUCUUCAUACAGAUCCCAAGAAUAGACCUCCCAUGAUUGAUAUUCUAACCAGCUUGGAAAGGCUUCCCACAUCAAAUGUUCUUCCCAGGAAUUCCCAGGCUGGUAUGAUUGACAAUCAUAGGGGGAAGCAUUUGAAUCACUCUCGCUAGAAAACAAUGCAUGGAGAACUUACUAUCUGUAUUAUGAAAUGAGUAAUGAUUUACACACAACAUAUUGUAUAAUAUAUUACACGACAAUAUUAUAAAAUGAUGGUUUUUUUUGUAAAAUAAUAUUACUUUUAUAAGAUAUUUUACAAAAAUACUCAUCAUUUAAAAUAUAGUUGUGUAAAGUAUUGUAAAAAAUAUUGUGUGAAAAUCAUUUUCCUUAUGAAAUAUGUUCCCAAUUUGCAUAUAGCCACUUGGUUCUUUGGGAUUUCUUUUAUUUGACCCGUUAUUCUUGUAUUUAUUGACCCUAUGAGUGUGGCCAAAUUUCAUUGUAUCUUCCUCAUCGUGGCUGAUAAUUAGUGAGUCUAUGUACAUCAAGCGAUACACUUUCGAAUUAAGGGAACAAA